UGAUGCUCGUCUCAGCACAAGAUGGCGGCGUUGCUACAACAAUAAAUGAUGCUGCUGUGAGCUAGAUUAUAACUAUAAGCUUUGCUAAGAGAUAAGAUUUAGUUAAUUCUAACAAAAAUCCAGAGGGAAUUCAAAAUGCCAGUUGCAACCGGUGUUGAUGCAUUCGUUGCUUUUGAGCGACAACUUAGGACACUCUGUUUAGAUGAAUUUCCGUGUGGCACAGGUUCAUGGAGGACAGCAUCGGACAACAGAAAUCCAGGCACACAAUUUUCAGUUACUCUGCGAGAUUAUGGAGCACGGAAGGAGCAGGAGGAGACGUUGGAUGAGCUUGUGACUUCCAAGUACUCCCCUUACAGCGUGGACUAUACCUGGAGCAAGGAGGCCAGGCAGCUGAGGGAGAUAGCUGUCAAGAGCCCAUGGCUGAUCACCAGGGACUUCAUCCUAAAACACUUCCAGACCAUGAAGAUAGUGGACAAGAAUGUAUGUAACGUUGACAGUGGAAUGCUUCAGUUUCCCAAGCUGACCGAACUCACCCUCAGUGCUAACUCAUUACAAAGUGUAGACUCCAGGAAUCUUCCAAUCACAAUAAAGGUUUUAGAACUAGUAGCUAAUGAGAUUAGUGAUCUGGAACCACUCUGCUAUGCCCCGCCCCCAGGUCUCAUUCAUUUGGGUCUAGGUGUCAACAGAAUAUCGGCUGUCCAUGACUACCUAACAGGGCCUUAUUGGCCUCACUUACUCUCCUUGGAUCUGAGCUUCAACAACCUGUGUGAUUUUAAAGAAGUAGUCUACAAGCUUCAGACCCUACCAAAACUCAGAAAUCUUGUACUCAUCGGCAAUCCCCUAGCAUUGCUACCUGGUUACCGUGGUUACACAGUGGAUAGUUUGCGUAAAUUGACCAUCCUGGAUGACUUGCAGAUAUCAGCCGAUGAGAAACAUCACUUCAAAGGAUUAGCUAGAAGGAGAGAGUUUGUGAGAAAUGAAGCCAAGGUCAUCUUGAAAUUGCGUGCCUUAUCAGGAAUACCCAUGCCAGCAGAGCUCCAGGCAACAGAAGAACUACCUGACUUCCCUAUCAUCACGAGGACAUACUAUGUGGAGUUCAACUUCUUGGAAGAUUUCUUGAACUCUCCACAGAAGGAGGAAGAGAAAGAGGAAGAGGAGAAGGAAGAGGAGAAGGAAGAGGAGAAGGAGGAGGAGAAAGAGGCUACUUUGGAGGAGUUGCCAGGGAAACAGGAAGAACGGACAGAGGGAGACCAGCUACCACAAGAGAAUGGACAUCCAGAGGAAAAUGGUGUUAAAGAGGGAACAGAAACCAACAAUGUCGACGCUGCAGCCACAGUACCAGAAAAGGAGGCAACUGAAGAGGAGACUGGUGAGGAUGAGACGACCCCAUCUCAGCAACCACUCAAGCUGGUUCCCUACAGGACUGAUGUGCUGCCUUGGGCAGAAGAAGGGAUGGAGCUGGUGUAUGAGAGGGAGAUUCAAAUUGAUGAUCUACCAGCCCUGAAGGAACUCUUCAAGAAAGGCCUGGAUAUUGAUAUCAAAGAGGAUAAGGUGCUGUCUUAUCCAGCUGAGGAUGAUGGAAGAGCGAGCGUGACAAGCAAGAAAGGAGGGAAGGAUGGAGGUAAACCUGAAAAGAGAGGAGCUAGUGGGGUCAAGGACAAAGCUAAAGAUGCUAAGGCAGCUAAAGAUGAUGGGAAGAAGAAGAAAAAGAAAGAGCCGGAGAUAGAGCUGACUCACAUGCCUCCAGAGGUCACUGUCCUAGGGUCAUAUCAUCUAGAGAUGGCGGAGAUUGUGAACGGAGAAACAAAGAUAGAACAAGUCUGCAUCUGUAGGGGUGGAUCCCUGGCUGCACAACAGAUGGAAGAGAAAGAAGAGGAAGUUCCGGAUGGAAAAAAGGACAAAAAGAAGAAAGAUGGAGGUGAAUCAGCGAAAGCAAAGAAAGGAAAAGAUGCAAAGCAAGACAAAGAAAAAGGCAAGAAACCAGGCAAGGGGGACGGCAAGGAUGCCAAGAAGGAUGGAGGCAAGGGAGCAAAGCGCCCCACUACGGGGGUCACCCUCGCCGGGGAGGAUGAAGACGAGAAGCCCCCGCCCCCUCCCCCAUUGACAGUCACCGUCGAGUUAGAGCUGGUCCAUUGGAAGACUGCCCAAGAGUCUAUCCCUAAGCUUGCCCCGGCUGCUACGCCUACCAUUCAUGAGGGUGAGGAAGGCAAAUCUGAAGUCCCAACAUGAGGAGGAGAUUUUUUUUUAAAGAGAGCAGUUGAACUAUUUUCUUUGUAAAAAUGGAUUUAUAAAUUUUGCACCCAGAAUGAAGAUGUGUUGGACUCCAUAAAUCUCCAAAAUAGUGGAGGGAUCAACAAAGAAGAUGAAGUUGCUGUAUUCUGCUCCGAUAGAGUCGAGUGAAGAAUUUGAUGAUCCCACAUGGUGACAUUUGUUUUCUUCUACAUCAGAUGAACUGUAAUCUUGUUAAAGUAAAAAUUUCAACAUUUUGCCUCAUGACUGAGGGUGCAUUGCUGUGCUCGUGUCCUGGGGGGUGUUUCACAAAGAUCCUAAGUCGAACUUACCUCUAAGUUGGACUUAACAAUUAUGGAAAGCUGUAGCAUCUAUGAAAAUAU